AUGAGAGAAAGACGACAACGGAGAAGAGAAGGCGCUUUGAGGUCGUCAACGAUACAUGUGGAUCCAGCUCACCUUCCGGAGCGAGUGAAGCGAAAAUUACAGGACCAGCUGGAAAUUUCGAAGCUCCCGGCAGUGGAAAACGAAGUUGUGUCUCCUGAGCCCUCAGUACCACAAAACUUUGAAGCCAGUGGCUCAACAUCAUCAAACAAAUUCCCAGAGUCAUCAUCAACUCUCAGAAGGGAUGCCCCACGACGUUCACGGAAAGGAAAGGCCAACGAGGUCAUAGAAGACCUCCAACCAUCUGCACCCUCACCACCACUCGGCUCGAGGCGCAAAUCCGAACCCACUCUUUCGUCCAUAAAGCCCGAACUCCCUUCUAGCCAUAUCAAACUUCAUUUCAGCAAGCUAGAAGACUUCCAUUGGUACUGGGAGUCGUUCCCACCAACCAUCGCGCAAAAAACACAGGCAAACCACUUCUUCACGAACAACAGCAAGAACGCAAAGUUACUUCGAAGCGUAGCACAAUUCCGCCUGUUCCCAGAAUCAGACGUACCGGAGGUAGCCUUUGUUGGUCGAUCCAAUGUCGGAAAGAGCUCGUUGCUCAAUGCUGUUGUGAACGCAGAUAUCAAGGCGCUGUUAGCACGCACAUCGUCAACACCAGGCUUUACCAAGACAAUGAACCUCUAUGGCCUGGGCGCCGGAAACGGUGUAACCAUCAAAAAGCAGCCCAACGGACGCGACAAGAUCAUAGGCAUUGGUGGUCUGACUAUUGUCGACAUGCCUGGAUACGGCGAGGGUUCGCUUUCCUCCUGGGGCGUGGAAAUCAUGAAGUACAUAAGCAAUCGCAAGCAACUUCGCCGUGUGUUCGUCUUACUCGACGCCGAGCAUGGUAUCAAAGACAAAGACCGUUCACUGCUGGCUUCUUUACGUCUGACUGGUGUGAGCCACCAAGUCAUUCUUUCUAAAUUAGACAAGCUUUAUAUUCCCAAUGCCAAAGAUAUCAAGCGCUUUGAUGGCAAGUCUGCUCGCCGCCUGGCCCCAAAGGGUACGCCUGAGGAUCUUAGGAAGGCUAUGGAGAAGCUGAAGAAUGAAAUUCAGCCGCCGGUUGGAGGUGGUGCAUUAGGAGAGAUUCUGGGUGUGAGUGCGGAGACCUUGGUUGAUGGUAAGAGAUUGGGCAUUGAUCAUGUGAGAUUUGCAAUUUUGAAAGCAGCGGGCUUGGAUGCGAAGUUUAAGAAGGACGUUAGUACGCCUUGGGCCAGAGAUAGCUGA